AUGAUGCCCACCAUCCCAGCAGCCGUCUUGGGCCUACUCUGGGUUACCAUUCCGGGCGUCUUCUCCCUGGCUGUCCCCGCCGAGGGCCUGCUGGAGCGUCAGAACAACGUCGACUGUGAGAGACCUGGGCUCAAGACCACCAACGUUACCGCCGCGACAAACGAGACGGGCAUUCUCGAAAAGCGCAACUACAACGGGACUUGCCAGUUGUCCUGGCGGGACGGCAGUCUCAUUUGCUCGGGCAUUUGCUACUGUCUCCCGACAUCGGCGUGCUCCGCGAGCGGCAAUUACUGCUACUUCAAUACUGGCAACGAACAAUGCUACUGCACUUGA